AUUUCUUGUCCAAUCAGAGAGCAGAAUGGGUGUUUUCCACACGUUGGAUUGUUCUGGAUGAGCUGGGCUCGGCCGGCGCUGCUGGCCGUGGCAGGCGUUGGCGUUGUGAUGGGCACCGUCCUGGUGUACCGGUAUGCCACGCGCGGGCUUGGUGGCGACCGCCCGCAGGAUGAAGAGGAAAUUCCACCCAUUGGUAAUGUCGCGUCCACGAAUCGAAACGUUGCAUCAUCGGCGCGAUCUGCACCACCGUCAUCGGCGCCGGCGGUGGAGGUGGUGCAUGCCGGCGCGACGACGACUGUUUCGAUCGAACACAGUGAUCCUUUUCUGCCCACGACAGAAGAACGAUUGGAAAUGGACCGAUUGGUCGUGCAGGAAGGCAACAUGCUCCUCUCGUUGUUUGGCGUUGUGUUCCUUGCGAUCGUGCUGGUCGUGGCCAGCGUUGUCGUGUUGACCAGUCAAGACAUCCCUUCCAUCAUGCACGUCGAGAUGUUUCCGCCACUAUUCCUUGUCGGCGUAGGCAUUGUUGCUGCUUCUCUGAUCCACACGAUGAACCAACAGAGCUUGGUAUCAACGUUGAUGCCGCCUCUGAUGGCCGACAAAGCUGCGCCAUAUGACGCUCAUGAUGAUGCCGCCGCGACUCCCACGCCGUCCACAACAAAAGGCAAUGAAUCCGCGUCGCCGACGGCGACGACGAAGCGAGCGCCUUCUCCCAAACGAAACGUCACGUUUGAACAGAAUUCUCCGAGUCCGGCGCCACCAGCCGUCAUCGCUGCACCGGUUCCCGACCAUGCGGCCCUCGUGGCCAAAGCAGAUGCACUGUAUGCUGAAGGAGAUUACCAUGCCGUGAAAUCGUUUUUGGAUGAAAACUUAGUUCAUUAUCCGCGCAGCGUCGAUUUGCUGUGGCGAAGUGCACGCGCCUGCCAAGACAUGACGACCGAGACCAAAGACGACGCCGUGAAGAAGGCUCUGGUGUUUGAGGGCAUGGCACUAGCCGAGCGUGCGUACGACUCGCAGCCAAACGACGCGAUGGCAAACAAGUGGAUGGGGAUCAUGUUGAGCUCCGUGGGCAACUACCGCGACACGUCAGAGAAAAUCAAAGGCGCGUACAAGAUCAAGAACUUUAUUGAGCGGUCGAUCGAGCUCAACCCGAACGACGCAACUGCCCACAACAUCCUGGGCCAAUGGUGCCUGGCGUUUGCCAACUUAGGGUGGCUCGAGAAGCAAGCGGCCACCGUGCUCUUUGGCAAGCCACCGACGGCGUCGUACGACGAUGCCGUGCGCCAUUUCCACGACGCCGAAAACAUUAGCCCUGGGUUCUGGAAAAAGAACUCGUUUCUGCUGGCAGACACGUAUUUCAAGAUGGGCAAUGCGGCAGAAGCCAAGCUGUGGCUGGCCAAGGCCGAUGCGGUGCCGGUCAAGACGACCGAAGACAGAGAAGUGCAAGGUCAAAUUGACGUCCUUGGCAAGGCGCUCAAGUAGCAGGAGCGUGUUAACGUGAACCAGUCGCUGCACGUGCCAUGUAGUUAAAGAGCUAUCGUGGAUUGGCCUAACUUAUCGACGAUGAACGCCGCCACCUAGCCUGUGGCCUGGUCCAGCGUUGGCGAACGCCAGCGACUGUCGCAGCGCUUCGCGAAGGUCGGGGUCGUCCUCGUCGCCACUACCUUCGUCGUCCUCGUCGUGCAUGGGGCCGCGGUUACGGAUUUGCUGUUCAAAGUGCUCGGUCGUGAGUUGCCCUGCCAGCCGCUGCGCUCGAUUGUUGAACACAGAGUACGCACUGGGGAUCCGAACUGCAUGACCGUUCUCAUCGACUGUCACCGAGUCUUUCUCUUUGUCGCCAAGGUUCGCCAUGAUUAGGUAGAACAGUGAAGCGAUGAUGUACAGCGUCACCAUGUCGUGUUUUCCGGAGUACACCAGUCCCGCCGUCCACACGGCGACGAUCAACGUGUACUUGAGGGUCUGCCACGUCAUGACGCUCUUCAGCUGCGCAAGUGACGGGCACAUUGCUUUGAUCUCCUCCACAGUUUGAGCAUUCACGCGCAUAAAGGGUGGAAUGAAUGGGGUCAACGCCGCCACGACGCCAUCGAAGCCCAUGUUCUCGAUGGAAUUCUGCGAGGGCGAC